AUGCCCCCAGAGGAUGAAUCCGCCGCUGGUUCCAGCACCAGCGCAGCAGCCGCCGCCGCCGCCGAUGCUGCCGCUACCGCCGUAGCCAGCUCAGAGUCAAAGACCAAAUCAACUCACUCCCACAGCCAUAGCCACGGCUCCGACCCGGAAGCCCGCGUCCCCUUCCUCGCGUGGUUCCUAGUCGGGGGCACGGGGCAGCCGCCCAAGGAGAAGAACUUCCUGCGCAUGGCGCACGAGCGCAACGAAGCCGGCCGGAAAAACGAGGAGUACGCCGCGGCGCGGAAGCAGGCCCUGUCCGAGCGGAGCAAGUACCUAGCGGACUGGGAGAAGCAGUGGGGCCCCACGGGCGGCGCGGCCCUGCUGAGCAAGGUGUGCGGGAGCAGUUCUCAGAAAAAGAAGUAA